CACCAAUGACAGUCAGCUGACAGAAAUUGACCGACUGAAACCUGUAUUUCAAUUUCAAAGUAAAUUGUAUUGUGUGUCCAAUCUAACUACACAUACUACGUAUUGUAUUGUAUUUUAUCAAAGAGAAAUGAGUGCGGCCGAACACGACACGCUAUUAUUCAUUUAAGCUAUCGCCAGUAAAAUAGUUUGGUGACAAUUCAGUGUAGAUAAAAAACAUGGAAGAAAAAUAUAUUUUAACUUUAGACAUAGGCACCAGUACUAUUCGCUCUUUUAUUUAUAAUUCAAGAGCCGAAACAGUUGGGAAAGCGGUUGAUCAGGUGGUGUUGCAUUACCCACACCCUGGCUUCGUUGAAAUAGAUCCUGAUGAGCUAUGGACCUCUGUAGUCAAUGUGGUACAAAAAUCUUUAAAAGAUGCAAACCUCACAGCUGGCCAGAUGACAGCCAUGGGCAUAUCAACACAGAGAGGCACAUUUAUCAACUGGUCUCGUAAAACUGGCAAGCCAUUCCACAAGUUCAUAACCUGGAAGGAUCUUAGAGCAGACAAACUGGUCAGACAGUGGAACAAUUCAUAUAUAUGGAAGCUGUUCAAAGCAAGUGCCUACAUAUUGUAUCUUAUCCUUAGGAGCAAAAGAUUUAAAGCAGGAAGUGUAUUUAAAUUUAUGAACACACAGACAUGCUUGAGAUUGUAUUGGGCGUUCCAAAACGUGCCGGCGUUCAAGACUGCGGUACAAGAUGAUGAUGCACUAUUCGGUACCUUGGACACAUGGUUAUUAUAUAAGUUGACAGGUGGGAAAGUUCACAUGACGGAUGUGUCAUCAGCUUCGGCUACCGGUUUCUAUGACCCAUUCACGAUGCAAUGGGCAGGCUGGGCCAUGACUAUGUUGAAGAUACCCAGAGCAGCGCUGCCAGAAGUUGUCGAUACCGCGGGUGAUCACUUCACUAGUACUCUGCCAUCGAUAUGGGGACAUCCGAUACGCAUCCUUAGUUGUAUGGCAGACCAAACAGCCUCAAUGUGGGGUUCAUGUUGCUUCGACAUCGGUGACGUGAAACUCACCAUGGGUACUGGCACGUUCUUCAACAUAAACACGGGGACGGAACCUCAUGCCAGCGUGUCAGGGUUAUACCCCAUCGUCGGCUGGAAGCUUGGAGAAGAACUGGUGUUCUCCGCAGAAGGAGCGAACAAUGAUACCGCUUCGAUUAUCAAGUGGGCGCAGAAUUUAGGACUGUUCGACAAUCCUGAGGACACAGCCGACAUAGCGCAUUCAGUUCAGGACACCGACGGAGUAUACUUCAUACCAGCAUUCAGCGGGCUUGGGCCGCCAUACAACGACGGCUCAGCAGCAUCAGGGUUCAUAGGCAUGAAGCCGUCGACGACAAAGGCGCAUCUUGUCCGAGCCGUGUUGGAGUCGCUCGCUUUCCGUACCGCCCAGUUGUAUAGCUGUGUGCUCAGUGAGACUAAUUAUGCGUUCCAUACUAUCAGACUAGACGGCGGUGUAUCUAACAACGACUUCAUAGCUCAGUUAGUGGCAGACCUCACAGGGUUGCGUGUGGAACGACCCGUGCACGUCGAGAUGUCUUCACAAGGCUGUGCCCACAUCGUUGGAUAUAAAUUAGGUAUUUGGAAAUCAAAGGACCAACUGAAAAAACUUCGAAAAAUAGACUGCGUAUUCAACCCUCGUCCUCAAAUGAAGAAAGCGUAUGAGGUUACGUUUUUAAGAUGGCAGGACGCCGUCAAACGUAUGUGUGGUUGGUACAACGGCGACACUUCGUCUCAAGUCAUAUCGGAUUCUAGUAGUAAUUCAGUGACGCCACAGAAUAGCUUUAAGGUAAGUGCCGGUCGCAGGAAGAAUGGCAGUAUACCCAAAUAGCGGUGGCUUCUGUGCCUGCUCGCGAUAUUCGCCGCGGGCUUGCCUCUCUGCAGGUGAUACAGGCCUUUCAAACGGAGGACUUCCAUCAAGGAGUUCCAGUUAAAAAUACCAUAGACACGUACUACGGUGAAUAAGACUUAUUGGUACCACAGAUAUAGAACCUAUUUGAAUGACUAAAAAGUUCGAACACCUUGGAAAGUUUACGAGAUAGUGCCACCGCGUCUUAUGUGCAGUUGACAGAUGUCAGUUUUCAAUGGAUGACAGCAUUUUUUUACUGAUUGAGAGCAACUGUCUACUGCACCAAAACAGCCAGAGUCGACCCAUAUAAUUUUGACUGUAUGCAAACUAAACGACCCUUCGGAAUAAGACUUGAUAAAUAAACCACAGAGCAAAUAAACUUUAAUUGUAAACUAAUUUACCAGUGAUUAUGGUGAACUACUCAAUAUAGCUGUGAGAAGUUUAAUUUAGUGCCUGUUACAUUUAGAUAAACUGAGAUACUGUUAAGCUAUAUCAAAGAUUUAUUAUAUGUUAAGAUAAGAAUAAUAUUAUGUAUGAAAUACGCGACUAUGAUACGCUUAGGUCUUUGUGUGAUUGGCGUUUAACGUAGACAAAAGUGCAAUAUUUCUGCUCAAAGGUUGAUGAUUGGUGUCUUGACGUAUGCAUGUUUGGUUAAAAGGUACUACUAUUAAUUAUGUUAGUGUGAAUCCUGUUUUAUUACUGCGUGAUAGAGUCCAUUAUUGAGUGAAUGUAGGUACUUCGGUUAAGUAUAUAAUAAUACCAUGACAGAUUGAAUUUAGUUUGACAAACACAUUAUCAGUAAGAGUAUGAAAAGAAAAAGGGAGAGAGAGAUGAAGGGAUAGGGACAGAUGUCUCUGGUAGGGUUGUGACGCAGAAUAAUCAAUCUUUUUUAGUUGCAAAGCAUUGUCAUUCAUUAAUAAAAAAAAAUGCGCUGUGAAUUUUUAUUACCAUUUGAUUUGAUCAGUGUAAUGUUAUUAGUAGUCAAUAUGAGAUUAUUUUCCGUUGCUAAGUAUAUGGUGGAUGGUAAGAAAAUUUAAAAGACGUAGUUUCAAGCUCAAUGUAAGACUGGAGUGCUAUGUUCUAGCUGUUAUUAUUUGUGAUAUCAUUUGAUGUAUUGGAAGGUAUGAGAAAAGGUUUAAAUUUUGUACUUUCAAAAUUUUGCCGCAUUCAGUUCAAUAUAAUAAUUGUAAAAUAAGCAUUAAAUUUUAUUACGAUAUUUUUUCUCUGGCUUACAAAAAGAAUAUUACAAUUUACGAGUUUCCUUAAUCAUUGAAAAGGGGUUUAACAUAAAAUACAUAUGUUUCGAGGAAAAGCAGACUUUUUUAGCACAGCAAGAAAGAUUUGUAAUUAAUUUGUAGGUAAAAUGUUUGCAGAUUUUGAUUACUAAUUGACACUCAUUUCUAUCUUGCCUAUUGCCUUACACAAAAAGCUAAAUACAGCCGACUAAAAAAAAAAAAAUACAUGAUGAUCAUAAUAUGAUGAUGUAUGCAAAUAAUCUUUAAUUGUGUGAUUGAUAUUCCUGCUCAUUUAAAUUAAGUUGACAUAGAAAGACAAUAUGUAUUAUAUAUUUUAUGUUGUUUAAGUUUAUAAAUAAAUGUUACUUUAGUCAUUUCGUAGCUGCUAAUUGUUCCUAAUGUUAAUUGGUUAGCUUUUUGUAUCAAAUCAAAUUUUAAUAUCUUUUUCUACCCUUCCAUGACAUUUUAUUGAAGUUACGGCUUCUAAUGUUUAAUAUCAAAUUUUAAAGGUUACUAAGUAGAUUAAGUGUAAUUAUUAUAAUAAUUUUAUAUGACCUAUAUGUAGUUAGUGAAUUGUAUUUGUAAAAAACAGUACAUACUUUAAGUUUUAUAAUUUUUUAUUAGGCAAUUUGUAUCCCUUGAUGAGUGAAUUAUUUUCUUAAGCUUGUGCAAACAUCGAAAUCCUACAAUGUGGGCAGCUGUUGGUUAGAUGAAAUAUUAUAAUUAUCAUUUUAUUUGACAUGACACUGUAAAAAGAAUACUUCAAAAGUAAAUUCCAUGAAAUACUGAA